AUGCGGUGCGCGAGCAAGGCCGCCGAGAGCGCGUCCGCACGUCUCUGUGCGGACGCCGAAGCAGAAACCACAGCAACUGAUGUCUCAUCGGUUGCUGAAGCGACCCAGUUUGUGUCACUUGGUGAUGCAGGCGCUGGUCAUGAAGACACUCAUGUCUUCACAGAGUAUGAGCUCGGAAUCUCAUACUCUCCUGAUACGGAAGACGGAUCCGUAUCCAAGGCGGUUGAAACCACGCCGCCUGCCAAGCGUGGCAAAAUAUCGCAAGACUCGGGCGCUCACAGUGGUGUCGGUUCUCCUAUGGACACCACUUCGCAAAGAGGUGCCAGUCCUUCUGUCGGCACGUCACAAAAAGAGCGGGGCCGCAACGUGUUGCGUCUCGCUUCUGAGAAGAAGGCAUGGAUGCCUCCCAAAUCUGUCAUGGAUCACCUGUCGGCGACGACGAGUAAUCGUUAUCGAACACGAUUGUUCGAUUCGUCAAGGAUCCAUCACCUUGACCCCAGCGCGAAAAACUAUCGCGCUGAGAAUGAUUUCUUCAUUGAUGCUUUCUUUAGACAUCGAUGGUAUAGUGAGAAUCACAAGCGUGAUGGUCCCUCACUGCUUCAAGCGUGGAACGCCUACAUCCAUAACCUUGAGGAUGUAGGUCGUGACGUUUGGAACGACAAACUUAUCAAAGCUCGUGAUAAGUUUGGAAAGCGAACCCCGAAAGGUGCACGCUACAAGCUGCAUCGUCUGUCUAUGGAGGGUGGGUUACCCUGUCUCUCUUGGGGAGACUCGUGCCCGUGUUGUGUGAACAACUCAGCACGAGCACCUAAGGAGGCUUACCUCCUUACCAGCCCGUGGUGGCGCGUACGUAUCUCUAGUGAGAUGUACGAAGGGAUUGACAACCUGAAAUCCCUUUACGACCGUGCCGGGAAGACUUUCUCCGGCGGUCCUUCUGCGGCACAGGAUGUGCCGCGUCGUACUGCUCAACCAGACCCAGUACGUCAACCAUCAGUUGGGAGCGGGGCUCCCAAGUAUCCCAGGACGGGGGAUAGUCGCGCCACCGGACGAGAUAACUCGUCCGACGUCCGUUCACGUCGCGGUGGUUCAACAGCUGCUCAACUAGAUAGCGCUGGCCACCGCGAGAGUCCUCUAAUGGAGGUGGAGGAGGAGGAAAGACGCUCUCCACACGAUCAUGGGGAUCCGUGUGUUCCCGAGAGCUUUCUUUGA